UGGUAGCCAAAUGGCGUCUUCCUUUCUAGAAGACCUAUUCGAGAAAGAAGUAGAUGAGAAGGAGGUCAGUGCGAUGGUGGGAUCGCUGGAAAGCCAGCUGGCGUCGACAGCGAUCCCUAGAUCUCAUCAUAAUGAAGUCAAGGCAACGGUUCCAGUCUCCAAACCUAGUCCUAAACAAAGCAUCAUGACUAGUAAAACGCCAAAUCAAUCGAGCCCGAUUCAAAGCCAAACGGCGGCUGCCGUUCGACCAGGGAUUUCUUCCUCGCCAGCGCUAAAUGCGGGUGGUAGCACAUCUGUUACUACUGUUGUGAAUAUUGCUCCACGACCUACGGUUACAACUGCCGUUCCGCUAGCCCCACGACCGGCAACCAUGGCUGUUCUUACUCCAAACUCUGGUUUUUCAGCAGCUCCUCAAUUCGUUACCACUAUGAUCAAUGCCGAUCUUGUUAACCAGAACAUGAAUUUGAUUCCUCAACAAAUCGCUUUAGCACCAAGGGCGGUUACGAGUAAUGUGACUGUCCAAGGCAAUCCUCAAAUAAUCUCCGGGCCUCGAAUCAUUCCGCAAAUUCAACCACGAGUUACCAACAUGACAGUAAGUUCUUUAAGGCCUCAAAUUGUACUACAGCGGCAACCGGGAAGCACUGCAAUUCAACCCGACAAGAAAAUCAACAUUGUACCCGUACAAACUCAAAUUCGCCCUGUACCAGCGAGUGUAAGUGUAUCACAAAAUGCAGGAAUAAGAACUACUUUAACCCCUAUACGACCUCAAAUAAGCUCAAUACCAGGUGCAAUUACUUAUAGAAUGCCAGUAAGCCAGAUUGCUGUUGCAACAACAAACUCUGUUGCUGGUACUGUAUCUGCAUCUGGUACUGUAACUAAAACUUCGAACACUUCUAAUGUGGCAAAUGUUGGUUUGCCUGUUAGUAAAUCAGUCACAAAUAAUGCUAAUUCCAAUCAUGCCAAGUCUCCACAAACUUCUAGUACACCACCAGUCAAUGCAGCCAAUGCAGCAAUUAUUGAACAAGUAAAAGAUCAAGCCCAUAAGCUUAAAAACUUCUUCAAUAACUUGAUAAGACUUGCAUCUGAUCAAAAAUCACCAGAUGUUGGUAAGACUGUAAAAGAAUUGGUCCAAGGUGUUAUGGAUGGAAAACUCACCGAAGAACAGUUUGCAUCAAAUCUGCAGACAACACUUAACUCUCCCCCUCAACCAAAUCUUGUUGGCUUUUUAAAGAAAACACUUCCAUUGCUACGAGCGCAGUCAAGAUCUCAACCAAAUUUACAGCUUUUGCAACAUGUCCCACAGGCAAUAGCUCAACAGAAGAUUCUUCCUCAGCAGCAUCCAGGUCAACCAAAAAAUACUAGCCCUGCAAUUUCAACUUCUGCACAGAUACAAAAACAUAACUCCCACGUGCAAAAAAUCCAAAUCGUUCCACAACAACAGAUGGUAAAGCAAGUCUUUCUGACACCAGCACAACAGGAACUAUUCAGGCAACAACAUCCAAUUGCUAAUACCCAAAGGGUGUUUGUGAAGACUUCAAUAGGUACAACUGCUGGUUCUCAGGUUCUUACUAGUGCAAGGAAUGUGGUUAUGGUACGUGCACCACCAGGAUCAACAGCAGCUAAAGUUGUGGCUUCAACAAAAACACAACCAGUAACAUUAUCAGCUUCAGCAGUUGCUGAUAAAUUGAAGCCAAAAGGUUUUACUGGAAUCAGCAGUAGUGGCGAUGAUGACAUAAAUGAUGUUACCUCAAUGGCUGGUGUUAAUUUAAUGGAAGAAAGUCAGCGGAUUUUAGCAAUAAACUCAGACUUACUCAGCUCUCAAACUAGAAGCUGUAAAGAUGAGCCCUUUUUAAAUAUUUCACCCUUUCAGAAAAGACUAGAGACGUUAGCAAGGAAACGUGGAGUUUCUGAUGUAUCUCAAGAUGUUCUGAACUUAGUCUCACAUGCAACACAAGAGCGACUCCGUAAUAUUUUGGAGAAAGUAUCAACUAUAAGUUUACAUCGACUGGAAGUUUACCGGGAUGACCCCAUGUAUGAAGUGGGACUGGACAUAAAGUCUCAGCUGCGAGUCUUCGAGCAGAUUGAUGAGGUGGAGAGAAGGAAACGUGACGCAAGAGAGAGGGAUAUUCUAAUGCGCGCAGUAAAGAGUCGGUCAAAACAAGAAGAUCCCGAGCAGGCAAGACUCAAAGAGAAAGCAAAACAGUUACAACAAGAGGAGGAAGAAGUGAUCCGGAAACGUGCAGCUAACUCAACGGCGCUGGCAGCCAUUGGACCAAGAAAAAAACGAAAACUUGAUGAAGCACUAGAAGGUUCAUCCACUUCGACGGUAGGCUCCUCUUCGUCUUCUUCGCCAUCAUCGUCCAGUUUAUUGGGAAAUCAAAAAGACGUACGACAACAGGUCCCUCGACAAAGAAUGCGCAGAGUUCUCCUCAAGGAUCUAAUAUAUGUUAUGGAACAGGAAAAAGAAACGACCAAAUCAUUAUUACUCUAUAAGGCGUUACUAAAAUAGAAAAUAUCUUCACGUCAAAAUCCGCUUCGAUUCUAUUCUAGGUCACCUAAAAAUUUCUCUUACUGAUGAAGUUGUCGCAUGACGGUGCUGGCUGCACUUCCUUCUUUUGCGAAAAUUGUUGAAAAUAGUCAGGGUAAAAACAAUUCUUCGUACUCUUAAGUAUAACCCUUUUAUAAACAGUUGCGCAAACUUUUCAGAAAACUCUUGACCGUGCGAAAUAAAUAACCGCGCGAAAUAACCUUCUCGAUUGCAGCCUCUGUGAUAAUUUUUUUAACGCGGGCUGUGGCCGCGCUGCUGUGUUUUUGUACAUUUUUUCUCUUAAACGAAACUUUCCUAAGAGGCGCGUUUUGUUGUGGUUGUAAUUAGCUGAGAUUUUGUCGUGUAGACUUAGUGUAGGUAGGAAAUGAUAAUAUUUGUCUCAAGUUGAUGUUUAGGUACAAUACGUGACGUGGUUGUUAGAAUAUUAAAAACGCCAAUUUCAUUUUUA